GUGUGGCAGAUGUUGACCGGCUGUUAGUGGUGGAUGGAGUCGGGGUUCGGUGUCCAGCGGAGGGCCGGUGGUGGCUCGCCCGCUGUGGGAGCUUCGCAGCGCCGCAGGAAGAUGCCGCCCAGAGCCGCUGAUUAUAAACUGCAGGUGAUCAUCAUCGGCUCCCGUGGAGUGGGAAAGACCAGCCUUAUGGAGAGAUUCACGGAUGACACCUUCUGCGAGGCGUGCAAGUCCACUGUGGGUGUGGAUUUUAAAAUCAAAACGGUGGAGCUGAGAGGAAAGAAGAUCAGGUUACAGAUCUGGGACACAGCAGGUCAGGAGAGGUUUAACAGCAUCACUUCAGCGUAUUACCGUGGCGCGAAAGGCAUCGUACUGGUCUACGACAUCACCAAGCAGGAAACCUUUGACGACCUGCCAAAAUGGAUGAAGAUGAUAGACAAGUACGCAUCAGAGGAUGCUGAGCUCCUAUUGGUUGGGAACAAACUGGACUGUGAGUCUGAUCGUUCCAUCUCACGACAACAAGCAGAGAGGUUUGCUUCACGGAUAUCAGGGAUGCGUUUCUGUGAGGCCAGUGCCAAGGACAACUUUAAUGUGGAUGAGAUAUUCCUUAAACUAGUUGAUGACAUUUUGAGUAAGAUGCCUCUUGAAGUCCCCUGUAAGGAGCUGUCCAACAGCGUCCUGUCCCUUCAGCCCGAACCCGAAAUCCCACCAGAGCUGUCUCCGCCGCGCAUGCGCUGCUGUUGAGACUCGGUUCAUGCUUUAUUUAGAAACCCAACACCACCUUCCCUCUGAUAACCCAACACAUGCUGUUAAAGACUCCCGCCACCAGGGGCGAAAUGCCCAUCUCAUGAGAGUCCAGCCCAUACGGAUGAUGAGAUGAUGGCCUGUCAUUACCAGAGAAGAUGAAAGACAAACGCUCUUUACCGCAUAUAAUCAUCCUUCACAAACUGUAGACUGUGCAAUUUAACAUACUCCGUAUUUUGGUACCUCUAGAUGCCAGUAGAGAACAUCCGUAUCAUCACUCACACACACACACACACACACACAUACACACACAUAGAUGCAUUUAUUUUUGACGGCCCAUACAUACACUACCUCAUUUCUGGGAAGCACAGGAUUGCGUUUGUCCGACAUGUGCCUUCCUGAUCGGAAAACCGCUGCGCACGCAUCACAAACAUACAUGAAAUGUAUGUCAUAACCCAUCAACUUCUAUUUAUAUGUAGUAUACAUCAUCAUAUAUUCUCAGUAGAAACAAGAAACUACUAUUUCUAUUGGACGACGGAUACUCUACCCUUGUCUUUCACAUCACGUCUCAAACACGCAUUUCUUAUGGAAAACGUUCCCGGUCUCAAUUUAGGAAGCUUUUUUCCAAAUUGGUUUGGCAUUAAAAGCGAAGUGGAUGUACAUUUCGUGCCAAGCGUAAUUCAUUUCUGUCGGCUGUGUGUUUACGAGGUGGCAUGGUUGGGUUGUCCUUAUGCCUUACGUUCUAUCAGUGUUACUGUUUUUGAGGUGGAUUUUGUGUUAUCCGUUGUGUUUUGCACUACAAUCCAUUCGUAGCUAGUUUACGAACAGCUGAAAUGCUGAACGUUAGUGAAAGACCUGUGUACAGAAGAUUAACCUUAUCAUUUAGCAGCGAUUUGAGUUUUGUUGCUUCCUAGUCCUCUUUCGGUGUCACUUAACUUGAGUAGAAUAAAGGAAGGUCAAUAAUUGAGUUCAUUGUUUUAUUCUCUAGAUCUGGAUUGCAGAACUGAAAAGCUCUCACCGAAAGGGCUAUUUUUCCGUGGAGAGCAGAUUAGGAGUAAAACGGGACAUUGGUUUUGAUACUCGAACGGUUUCUAACAGUGCACUUGUUCCUAACAACACUCUUCAGUUAACAUCACUAUGCUUCUGCGUUCCUGGACAAACCACUGACUCCACUGGAUUUCAGUUGAAUUGAAUCAUUUGCCUGCGUUAGAUCAAGGACUGUAGUAAUGAUAUAGCUGUGUUAUAUAACAAAAUAUAACACGGGAACGGCUAUUUCAGCUGAACCAGAUAUGCAGAAGCAACAGGUUUUUGUGUGAGUUUAUGGAAAUAUGAUGCUUUUUUCGUAGAAACUGUCCAUGAAUAUAGAGGACUGACAGUGUUACUGUGCGUCUGGAACGUCAUCUACAAAAAAAUAUUUUUUUGGGUGAAUUUAAUGAAAACAUGUCAAGGUCAUAUUUGACCCCCGAAAUUAAAAAACAAAACAAAAUGGGGGGUUAAAUAUGACAUAUAAAUGUUUUGGACAGGUUUAAUGAGAUUCACCAUAUUUCAAAUAAUAGAAAGAUGAAUUAUGUGUGUAGUGGCAGUGUGUUUAUGUUGUAUGUAAUGCAUUAAUAUUCUCGUCAGAAACCAGUAUAGUAUUAAAUAACCAAACUUGUGUCUGUUUCUGAGGGACUAAUGUUUGACUGUUGCUGAGGUGAAAAACAGCUUUUUUUGGUUCUGUAUUAUUCUAACUCCAUUGAACUCUUUAUUUUUCAGAUUUAACUUCUUUGAACUGUGUGUCUUUUGAAAGUAGAUAACCAACCUAAACCUUAUGUGUUAACAGUGUUAGGGAAAGUGUACUAACCUCAAAAAGUUGAUGUUUGCAGGCUUGUGCCAUAUUGUAACCUUAUGAGAUAUUCUAAUGAUCAUCCGAUCCCUUUCACCAAGUGCUUUUUACUUUCUUUCUCUGCGGGAUUGGCAGAUGUUUAAUUUAUUUUGGAUGGUAGUUGAAUUUCUUCUGAACCUGGAGUCAGAUUUUACUAAGCUAUAACCAUUUUUUUGUUUUUGUUUUUCUUUUUAUUGUUAUUAUUAUUAUUUCCAUCAAACCCCCUGGUAAUUUUUACAUUUGUUGUGUGUCUGAAGGAGCACUCUCAAACCUUUGGCCUUUUUAGUUUUUCUUGUUUUUAUUCAUAUUUUAUUUUGCUUCGUUUGAAGCUUAGUAAGUCUGACUUCAUGCUCUUCAGAAAGACUGUCAAUGACAUCAGUUUUCUUGAAAAAGUUAAACCCAGCAUGCUCUUUGAACUCAGUAGAGUUUCUUAAUUCUAGUAGCAAUACAUGUUGCCUUUAUAAACCUUAAUUUUGUACAGAAUAGCCUUGGUCUUGGUUUAGUCUCUCGGCCAAUCACAGUAC